CCAGUCGCAGAGUCUAUAAAUACUCCAUAUAUGUACGUGGUGUAGAGAGAGGGAGAGAGAAUGGAAUUGGUAGGAUGGAUGUGUAUGGGUAUAUGUAUGUGUGUUUUAUGCGUGUUGAAAGUAGUCCAUUCAAGCAUUAUAUGCUACUGGGUGAGUCCUCGACGCAUUCAGAAAAUAAUGGAAAAACAAGGUGUGCGUGGCCCCAAACCCCGCUUUCUCCUCGGCAACAUCUUAGACAUGGCUUCUCUCCUCUCCCAAUCCACCGCCAACGACUGCCUUUCCCUCCACCACGACAUCGUCUCCCGCCUCCUCCCCCAUUACAUCCUCUGGUCCAAAACAUACGGAAAACGCUUCAUAUUUUGGAACGGAGUGGAGCCACGCCUGUGCCUCACCGAAACACACCUCAUCAAAGAGCUUCUCUCCAAAUACAGCAGCCUCUCUGGGAAGUCUUGGCUCCAGCAGCAGGGCUCCAAGCAUUUCAUUGGCCGCGGCCUCUUGAUGGCUAACGGCGACGAUUGGUUCCACCAGCGCCAUAUCGUGGCUCCUGCUUUCAUGGGCGACAAGCUCAAGAGCUAUGCAGGGUACAUGAUUGAUUGCACGAACCAAAUGCUGACGUCACUGGAAACAGCCAUCGCCAACGGCCAAACAGAAAUCGAAAUCGGAGAAUAUAUGACCAGACUCACCGCUGAUAUCAUUUCCAGAACUGAAUUCGACACCAAUUACGAAAAGGGGAAGCAAAUAUUCCAUCGCCUAAGUGUUCUGCAAAAUCUGUGCGCCAGAUCCACCCGCCAUUUGUGGUUUCCUGGCAGCAGAUUCUUCCCAAGCAAGUACAACAGAGAGAUAAAAUCGCUCAAGACCGAGGUGGAGAGGCUGUUGAUGGAGAUCAUACAGAGCCGCAGAGACUGCGUCGAGAUCGGGCGGAGCACCUCCCACGGCAACGAUCUGCUCGGAAUGCUGCUCAAUCAGAUGCACAACAACAAAUCCAAAUCCAAAUCCAAUCUGCAGCUCAUCAUGGACGAAUGCAAGACCUUCUUCUUCGCGGGCCACGACACCACAGCGCUGCUGCUCACGUGGACUAUCAUGCUCCUCGCCACCAAUCCCACGUGGCAGCACAGAAUCAGAGCUCAGCUUAACCAACUCUGCAAUGGCUCCCCUCUUUGCGUUCACCACCUCUCCAACCUCACUCUGUUAAACAUGGUGAUCAAUGAGUCUCUUCGGCUGUACCCUCCGGCUUCGCUUCUACCUCGAAUGGCGUUCGAAGACAUAAAACUCGGCGAUCUUUUCAUUCCGAAAGGGCUAUCGAUAUGGAUUCCGGUGCUAGCAAUCCAUCACAGCCAAGAAAUAUGGGGGAAAGAUGCGAACGAGUUCAACCCGGAUCGAUUCGCAUCAAAAUCGUACGCAGCAGGACGCCAUUUUAUUCCAUUUGCGGCCGGGCCGAGGAAUUGUGUGGGGCAGGGGUUUGCCCUAAUGGAGGCCAAGAUCAUAUUAGCAAUGCUCAUAUCCAAAUUCAGCUUCACUAUUUCCCCAAAUUAUCGUCACGCUCCCCUAGUUGUGCUCACCAUGAAACCCAAGUAUGGAGUUCAGAUCCUAUUGGAACCCAUUAGUGAGUGACCUAUGAGAGAAUUUUGUUUAUUUUGGGAAGGUUUUUUGGGAAUAUAGAGAGUUAAUUAUGCUUGAGUUUAUAUUAUGAGAUAAUUAAGGAAGUGGAAAUAAAUGGCAAUAAGUGAAUAAGUUAUUCACUUUCAUCAAAAA